UAGGUAUAUGCUAUCUAGUAAAUAUGAUGCAUAGACGCAUGAGAACGGUACCUACAGGUAUGUUCUGCAGUCGUCAACCACCAGUCGGUGCGGAUUUAUUUGGGUCGAACGAGAACGUGAACUAGUGUUUCGUAUUUUAAGGAUAUAUUAAGAUCUCAUUACAUUGAUUAAGCCGGCCGGCAACCAAUCAGAAUAUUCCAUGUCAUCAUAAUUAGCGUAGACCUGCUUUAGGUGAACAUCACUGCACGCAAUAUCAUUAGCACCUUUUGAAUAUCACUAGACGUCUGUAUAUACGGGGUGCUGAAAAAUAGGUUUCUUGACGCUUAUCAUUUUUCUAUCUUCGAAAGGAUUUGUACAAAACCGUUCGUUUCAUACAAUUUUAGUAACAUCAGCAAAAUGCACCGACUAGUAUCAAUCCUGCUUUUAACAUUUUUACUUGGGCUGAGUUGGGCAUCAAAUGGCUGUGUAGAAUUGGACAAGUUGAGUUUCGAUAGAAUAGUCAAGAGAUUCAGAUACACUUUGGUUAAGUUCGACGUUGCAUUCCCGUAUGGAGAAAAGCAUGAAGCAUUCAUUAACUUUGCUUUGGAAUCAAAUGAGGCUCUUGAUGAUCUGCUUUUCGCCUUGGUCGGAAUAAAGGACUAUGGAGAAAAAGAAAACGCAGACCUGGGAAAGCGUUUCAAAAUUCCUGAAAAGUAUCCCGUCAUAAAGCUCUUCAACAAUGAAACGCUGGACAAGUACGUAGACUAUCCGGAAGAUGAUCCCAUUACGGUCGAAAGCCUGCGCAAAUUUAUCAGUGCGAAUACCGAUCUGUACAUUGGAUUGCCGGGCUGUCUGAAGGAGGUAGACGAGCUGGCUGCCAAGUUCUCCUGCCCGAAAAAAUCAAAAGAUGCCCUAGCUCAGAUUGUGUCCGAAGUGGAGCAAAUGGAAGGCCUUUACGAAGCGGAAAAGGCACACAAAUCGUUCCAAAUCUAUCUAACGUUGAUGAGGAAAAUGGCCCAAUUGGACAAAUCGGUCCAAGAGUUCAUUGCAAGCGAGAAGGAUCGCGUGCGAAAUCUGCUGAAGGGUAAAAUCAGUGACAACAAGAAAGCUGAUCUCAACUUAAGACUGAAUAUAAUGGAAUCGUUCAAGUCAGGGAGAAUUCUGGACAAGGCUGCAAGUGAUGAAUUAUAAGAAAACUGCAUUUAUGCACUCAUAACGUAGCGUUUUCAUUCUGCAAAUCACGUUUUAGUGUUCCUAAUCUUAAGCACACUAUUUGAAAACAAAAAAACUUCGAAUUUUGCUUUGGGAGUAACAGCUGAAAUAAAAGCCCAUGCCGAGUAAAA